GUUUAUUGGGAGUAUAUUGAUAAAAUUUCACAUGUAGCUGCGUUUUUAGAUCCACAUUAUAAGAGAUAUUGUUUCCCGGGAAAAACAGUUGAGGAAAUUCUUAAUCCAAUUCAGCAUAGGCUUCCUGCAACAAAUUUAAAUAUAAUACCUGUUCCAAAAAUGUCAAUAUUUUGGAAAAUGCACCAAACUGAGUUCCCAUUAUUAUCUAACCUUGCACAAGAUUACUUGUUCGUACAAGCAAGCUCAGUUCCGUGUGAGCAGUUGUUUUCAAUAGCUGGAAUAGUUAUUAAUAAAACUAGAAAUAGAUUAUUAAGUGAAA